GGACCAAAGCGCCUAACGAUGGGACGUCCUGGCCUACGCAGCCGCCCUUGCGCCUGGCUGACGUAAACCACCACUGUGACGUCACCACAGCCCUAUGACGCCACCGGAGGCAAUUCCAGCUGGGAUGUUGAGUUCGGAUCCUCUAGAAGCCUUGCUGGUCACGCUGCUCAUGUAGAAUGGCCUCACCCCUUCGAGGAAAGCCCUCCUUGUCCCGGGUGGAGACCACCCAUCACAAAGAGACGUCGACGGUCCGCGUGGAGACGUCGUCCCGCCGCGUGGAAACGUCUUCCAGACAGGUGCGAAUGUCUUCCCGGCAGGUGGAGACCUCCCAGCGCCUCAGUGAGGGGCCCUUCCUGACCCCCUCUGGGAAACGGGCCCCGCACGUCCUCGAGGUGUCCUCUGAGCACGUGGAGACCUCCUCACAGCGCACCGAGACUUCUUCCCGCCAAGUCAGGGCCUCAACCCGGCAAGUGGAGACGUCUCUGCACCGCGUGGAGAGCCCCCUCCGGCGGGACAAGCCCGCGGCUCGCCCGAAUGUGAAAACGCCCUGGUGAAGGGGCUUCCGGAGGUCCAUGAGUCCUGCGCGGGGGAGAGAACUGCCACCAGUGUGCAACCAGCAGGUGGCCCAAUCUUGGGUUUCAUGAGAACAGCUCAUAAAUCAAUGGAGGAAAGAGUCAAGCUGCGUUUUCCAGACCCAGCCAACUUUUAUUGACUGCCCUGCAUUUUGAGCACUUUGACCCAGUGAACGAUUUCACGUGAAGCCGCACGAAGAGUGUUCAGGAUGAUAAAUUGGCUUGGUGGACGAAGAGGCCGUUUGGACCACUGCACCACAGGCUUGCAUCUGGUUCGUGGAGAUCCUGGACAAGCCCCAACAAGCUGCCAGCUCAACCCAAACAGCCUGCCAUGGAUUCAAAGAUGUCCUUCCUCUACUGAACUCAGAUGGGACCCUUCAUUCCAUCAGGGCCUCCUCAAGGGUCUCUUCCAGCUCUCCCGGUAGCAUUCUCUGACCUCUUGGGUAAUGACUGAGUGACCAGAAUGUCCCUCAGGGACCCUCUCCAGUGAAAUGUUCUAGGCUUUCCACCUCGAGGUCAACUUCAAGACAAGCCUGCAGGCCCUGGCAACUGGGAAUACUUAUCUGAUAGAGCUAGUUUGUAGGAACCCAAAUCCAAACAUGUAGCGCUCCUGACAGAGGACCUCAGUGGGAGCAGUAGCACAAACUGUCUCCCUUCUCCAGUGAGCUCCUUGCCUGAAGCAGAAAGGCACACUAAUGGGCAGAAAAUCCACUUGGCUCCAUAUGGACAGAGGCAGGAGCAGAGGGCUUGGCAAUUGUCCUACUUCCGCUGGCAGAAGAUUCUCAGAAAGAUUUCAUAAAAAAGCUCUGCAGAUGUACAUAAUGAACUCUCAGGUUGGUGACUUGUUGGCUCCAGGCAGGCCCUGCUUUGUUGUUGCUUAUCACUAAGAUAGGCCUGGAGAGUAUGGGUGUCUGCAGUUACCUUCAGAUCCUGGGGGUGGUCCCAAUGUGUUAGAACCAAGGAUCUUUAAAAACUAGAAAAAAACUCAGUUGCCAGGGUCUACCUUCUCAUUCAGCAUUUUAACACUCAGUUCUGCAAACUUAUUACCCAAUGGACCUAGAGAGAUAGCACACUAGGUAAGGCACUUGCCUUGCACACCUGUCAACCCAGGUUUGAUCCACAGUACCACAUGUGAUCUCCUGAGCCCCACCAGAAGUGAUCCCUGAGAAUAGAGCCAGUAGUAAGUCCUGGACACCACUGAAUAUGGCCCCCAAACCAAUAUACAUACAUAUAUAUGUGCAUAUAUAUGUGUAUACAUAUGUAUAUUUACACAUAUAUCCCAUUACAAAAUAUUGGAAAUAUUUACAUAGAGAAAAUACCACUUAUCUCAUAUAUGCUACCAAAGAUAGCUACACACACACACACACACAUAUGCUUAGAGGGUGCUAGGGACUGAAACCGGAUACAAUGCAGGUAGGUUUACACUAUACCACUGAGCCACAGUCCUGACCCUGUACAGAACACAUAUACAAGUGCAUAUAAUUUUGUAUAUGUAUAUAACACAUAUACAGAAAUAUUUUUUGACUUUGCCCAUUUUGUAUCUACUGUAUUCAUAAAAUUAUAAGCAUUUUUUUAAUCAUAACAAAUUCUUCACUUUUCUUUGUUUUUGUAUUUUGGGUCACACUGGGCAGUACUGAGGGCUUAUUUCUUCUGGCUCUAUGCUCAGGGUUUACAUACUCUGGAGACCAUAUGUGGUGCUGAGGAUCAAAUCAGGGUCAGCCACAUGCCCUCAAUGAAAACUUGUUUUCCUUUUUUUCAUGUGUGUGUGGGGUUUGGUACACAACCAGUGGUGCUCAGGGCUUACUGGCUCUGCACUCAGGGAUCAGUCCUGGUGGAGCUCGGGGGACUAAAUGGAAUGUCAGAGGCUGAACCCGGAUCAGCUGCAUAAAAUGCAAGCACCUUAUGCAUUGUACUAUCUCUCCAGCACCGUCAAUAAAAACAAAUGCUAAAAGUUUUUGUUUUGGUUUUGGUUUGUUUUUUGUGACCACACCCAGUGAUACUUAGGGCUUACUCCUGGCUCUGUACUUAAAAAUCACCCCUGCUCUGGCUAGGGGACUGUAUGGGAUGCCUGCUGGGCACUGAACCUGGACCAGCUGUGUGCAAGGCAAACACCCUCCCCACUAUACUAUCUCUCCGGUCCCCUCAGUGAAAACUUUUAUUUACAUCAUAUAAGUAUUUUGGAUAGACCCAUCAUAAAUACAUACUAUUAUCCAAAUGUUGGACAUUUGCCUUCCAAGGAAUAAAAUAAUACUCUUUAAAUAUAUUUAUUCCCACAAUUUGAUUUUACCUUCAGGUCAGAUCUAAAUUAAAUAUUAA